GAUUUCGUCAAUUUGUUGAAAAAAAACCCAAGCAUCAUGUCCGAUGAAGAAGUUCAAACCAAAGCUCCAGCCAAGAGAGGCCGCAAGCCAGCAGCAGCUAAGAAGGAGGUUGUAAAGAAUGGAGAUGGAGAUGCGCCUCCGCCAACCAAGCGAGGACGAGGAAGGCCAAAGGGGGCCGGUGUGAAGAAAGCCGAAGCCAAAUCCAACGGUACUAAGGCAGCGCCAGCAAAGAGCCGCCGAGGCAGAUCGAAAAAGGAGGAGAAGAAGGAAGAAAGUUCCGCUGAAGAAGAGGAGAAGUCCAGUGCCAACGAGGAAGAGGAGGAUGAUGAUUAAAAAUCAUCAUUGUUUCUAAUUAUGUGGAACGUUUACUAAAGACUGCAAACUAAUAACGAUUAGUCUAAUCUAAAAUAAUUCCGUUUUGUUUUAUCCAGUUUACCAACCCCAGAAAGGUUUUUUUUUUCGAUUUCUGUUCUUUGGUAUCAGGGUACAUUUUCAGUGUCAUCCCAGUGCUUUGAAGAUAUUUCAUAGUGUUAGAUAAUAUAGGUUUUAAAGAAGCUGUUCUUUGGAUGUAUCCUGAUUUUUUGUAUAUAUUUUAGCGGGUGUAAUAAAUGCAUUGGAGUUUUUAAAUGAUUUGCUUUACUACUCCUUUUAAUUCAUUAUUAUUAUUUCUAGUUCCACUCAUCCUAGAAGAAUAGAGGUCAGUUUUCCCUGCGCAACAUUUAUUGAUCGCCCUCACCUCUCGUGAGCGUUGUGGAAAUUCAGCACGGUUUUAAGCAAAAUAACCUGUGAAACAAUGCAGAUUAAACUGAAAAAGAGCCUUAUUGAAAGGUGAACAUGCCUCAUCGGGCACAACAGUACAAACCAUGGGAAUAUUUAAAAACGCCAGUUUUGAUGAACAUCGUCGUUGGUCCUACACAGUGCCUGUUGUGUGUUAUGUGAUACUUAUAGUGAUGAUUUUGGUUCUAAAGCUGCCCCUAAAGCCCAGCCUCAAGCCCCAUAUCGAAUCGAUAGAUUUGUUUGCAAUCCGAUUGAAAAACAGCAAUUUCAAUUCGGAUCAGGCUGCUAGUAGAAGUGAUGGGGACUGGCAGAAGGAGUAUUUUGUCAACGAUAAAAACGGCCGAUUUACCAACAUUCAGAUUUUAUCGGAGGUGUUUGCUCUAGCAGACACUAACAGAGACCAAAGGUUGGAUGUUAGGGAAUUGUCGGCAUGGAUCAGGAAAAAAAUCUUCCAGCACGUCACAGAGGCGGUUGGAAACAAUCAGGCCCUUUUUAAUCAAAUUGAUAUAAACCCCCAGGAUGGUGUGAUCUCUUGGGCGGAAUACCAUAAAUAUUUCAUGAUACAUCGCGGAUUUUCAGCCGCCUUUGCCGAUAAUCAUGAUGAAAAGCGACAUAGAGGUGUGCCAAGACGAAUCAAGGAAAGCAUCAAAAAAGAUCAAGCUGCAUGGAGCCAACUAGCAAAACUUGAACCAUUCUCCAUGAAUGCCGAUGAGUUCUUGGCUUUUACCCAUCCAGAAUCCAGUGUAGCCCACCAUUUGGAGCUGGUAGAGGAAAUGUAUGAGAAGUUUGAUAAGGACGGCGACGAACUCCUAACGGAGGAUGAAUUUUCAAUUUUCCACCCUGAAGGAAACGAUGAUGAAUCAUUGGCUAUAAGACAAGAUGAGGAGUCGCGUCGCAAAACAUUCCGCACUUUAAUAGACCGAAAUCAGGAUGGAAAGGCGAACCGUCAGGAAUUGCUGCACUAUGUGGCUCCUGAAAGUCCUCGACAUGCAGAUCAGGAGGCUGAGGCUCUGCUUGGUUUAGCGGACGUUGAUCACGACAACCGAUUGUCUUUGGACGAAGUCCUCAAUCAUCCGAAUCUGUUCCUCAAGUCCAAAAUGAUCGAUGCUGCCCGUGGUUUUCACGAUGAGUUUUAAAUGUUUAUUCUAUUUUAAUGAAAUACCUGUAAGAUUUUCUCGCACGGACAAAAUUUCCUCACGUCUUCUGUAACAGGUUGAUGAAAAAAUGCGCUUAUUUCACACUAA